AUGGCAGCGGGCAAAGAUGUCAACGAAAACACGGUGAAUAAAGGAGGAGCAGGGGCCACGCGCAGGAUGCCGUGUGCAGACCCCGCUCCUCUGGUCUUCAACCCGGACUUCUUUGUGGAGAAGCUGCGUCACGAGGCUCCGGACGUGUUCCUGGAGCUGGUGCUGAGUAACGUGACGCGCCUCAUCGAUCUCCCCGGCUCCGAGUUCUCACAGCUGCUGGGAGACGACAGCCCCAAGACCCCCACCUCCUCCAGUGGCUUCUUCAGGUCCUUCAACUUCCUCAAGAGAAAAGAUAAAAGCGUUCUCUUUGGGACUCAGCUGAACGAAUCCUGCAUCGCUCAGAUCUACCAGCUCAUCGAGUAUCUCAGCAAGAACCUUCACGUGGAGGGCCUGUUCCGCGUCCCUGGGAACAGCGUCCGGCAGCAGACCCUCCGUGAGCUGCUGAACUGUGGGGCGGAGGUGGACUGGACUUCCGGAGACUUCCACCCGAAUGACGUGGCGUCGCUGCUGAAGAGCCUCCUGGGAGAGCUGCCUGAACCUCUGCUCACACACAGACACUUCCACGCACACCUCAAGAUCGCAGACAUCACGCUCCUGGACGAGCAGGGUAACAAGACGUCUGUACCAAACAAAGAACGUCAGCUGGAGUGUCUGCAGCUGCUGUUCCUGCUGCUGCCGCCCACAAACCGCUCUCUGCUGAAGCUGCUGCUGGACCUGCUGUACCACACGGCCAAACUGCAGGACUCCAACAAGAUGUCCACCUUCAACCUGGCGCUCAUGUUCGCCCCACACGUGCUCUGGCCCAGACACAUGAACGCCAUGGAUCUGAAAGACAAUCUGAAGAAACUGAACAGCAGCAUGGCCUUCCUCAUCAAACACUCACAGAAACUCUUCAGGGCUCCUGGUUACCUACGAGAUUAUGCCAAGCAAUACUUCUCCGGGACAAACAUUCUGCAGAGCAAGGACGACCUGGAGCUGCUGUCUCUGAAGUCGUCCCCGGUGCAGAGAAGAGGCGCGUCCCAAAAGAGGACCGCGGCCGGAGCCCUGGACCAGGCCCACUGCUCCUCGCCGUACACCGAGGACGCACUCAAAGACCUCUUCAAACACGUCAACAACAACAUGCCCGACUCCGCCAAGAAGAAGAAACUCGUGCGGCAGUUUGUGAAACAGACCGGAACGCCGACGUCCAAUUGUCCUCAGGCUUCUUCAAGCUCAAAGAAACACCCGCGGUCGCGCUCUUUCGGUGGACUGAUCAGGCGUAAAAACCGCGGUGACCAGCUGACAGCAGAGAGAAAGCUCCGGCACAUUUCCCCGGAGGCAGUGGCGGCGAGAGCAGGAGCCAAGACGGGCAAAGAAAACGUGUUACUGGAUUCUGGCCACAGUCCUAACAGUCAGUUCAUGGGGAAGGCCGGGCUCAUCGUGAAGAACCCAGACUUUAGAGACAGAACUCUCAAGAUUUCACGGGCGUCUCCGCUGAUGCCACAGUCCUGCUUCUCUCCUCAGGACGUGUCGCUGUGA